AUUAAUAUGGGUCAUUACACUACAAACCGAGUUUAAACGUAACAUUAAAGUGAGAUAUAUACAUUAUUUGGGCCUUUUCACGUUAAGGACUAUUCUUAGCCCAUAAAUUUAUCGGCCCAAAAGCAGUCCCUGGCUUGGCUCUCUUCAAGCUCGCCCAAAGAACUUUGCUCACUACUGAAACAGAGAGAUUCUGUGUGUUUUGGAGUGAUGGAGUUUGUUGUUGAAGAAGGAAAGCGAGUGGAUGAAGAAUGCUCCACUUUGAUUCUCCCUGCAUUAUCAAUUGGGAACGUAGGGCAGCUAGCUGUUGAUCUUCUAGUGUCAUCUACUGGUGCAGACAGAGUUGGUUAUCUCGAUGAUCCUUAUCUGCUUCCUUGCGUUGGAAACGACGCUUAUGGCCCUCUUCCUUGUGGCGAAAUUUCUCUUCCUCUCGAGGUUUAUGAGUCACCUUCAACUGCUACUACUCUAGCUCAGCAACGGUCUCCGGUUGCAAAGGGAAUGAUGAUUAAAUUUGCGGAGAACAUAGCAGAUUUUGCUGCUUCAAGUGGAAAGAAGCAUGUGAUUGUGCUUUCGAGUUUAGACUUCCAAAGGCUGCAUCAUAACUUGGAUAUGUCACGAGGCCCUCAGGUGUAUUAUCUGUCCAACGCCGAAGCUAAUGGAAGAGAUGAACACUGUGAGAGGCUAGGAUUUGGAAGAUUGAAUGAGUAUGAUUCAGAAGGAAGAUGUUGGAAGUAUCUUUGCUCUGUCUUUGACGAGAACUGUAAAGAAGAGCUGACUUUCCCCUCAGAAGAUGAGCUUGAAGACAUAGACUAUUACCCCAGCUUGCCAUUUGCAGCUCUUUUCUCAGCUUUUAAGGCAAGAGGCUUGAAGGUGACAUGCCUUCUAUGUUACUGUUCUGAAGGAGACAACAUUCCUGAUGCAUUCCUUCUAACUCGACGGAGCCGGAGGCGUUUCCACUCCUUCCUUGUUCUCGUUUAAUCUUUGCUCUCCUCUCCUCCGGUUCUCUUUGGUCGAUUUGCAAGUCACUCUGUUAGUGUCAAGGCUUCAACCCGAGCGCUAUUGCGGUUGACGGUGACGGAUUCCGGCUUUCUAUGGAGUGACGGCAAGACUCACAGCGGGACGGUGGAGAUGGGAGUCAGCUUUUAGGGUUAAAGCUUUUGUCAGAUCUGAUUUUCCUUUCUGCAGAUCUCCGACGGUAGCUUUGUGACGGCGGCGCGUGGCGAGGUAAGACAACUCCUUCACCACGGAUCUACCUCCCUCUGUGGCGGUGGGACUGUUGUAAUGGGCGGCAGAUGCAAUUUGGUGUCCCUGCCUCGCUUCCGAUGUCAAGACCUGCCUUUUUCAGUCUGAACUGUGUAAUGUGUUGUUCGGUUCUUAGCUUAGAGUCGGGAUGGUGAUUGUUGGAGAGAUGUAGUUUGAUUGUAAUGUGCCAUUGGUGAUUGUCACAAGCUGGAGCAAUUGGAAACCGUUAAACUUCAUCAUCGCAUGUUCUCUAAAUGUUGUAGUGGCUCAAGUUUUAGUUUGUUGAUAUCAAGAGUCCCUACGGUGAGAGUUGAUUUAGCAGAUUUUACUUCGUAUGGUGGUGGUUGUAGUGGUCGCUUGCCGUUUCGUUUCUUCUUCCAUGAGCGUGUCUGGAGUGGUUCGUUUCGUUUGGCAAGGCUUCGUAGUCGUGAAGAUUUUGUUUGGACUUCUAUCUUGGAGUAAGUGGGCGUUGAGAACAUCGCAGCCGUCUCUGAAGGUUGUGUGAAUCUGAAUCAAAUAAUGGUUCGUCCUGUCAGGUAAUGAAGUCAUAGGGUCUUGGUGUCUUGGAUGUUAUCGUGUGGCGGGCGUGAGCAGCAACGAUAAGUCGUGGUGUCUUGGGUGCAGGAGGUGGAGUUCUUCGUGUGGCGGGCUAUGUGCAGCAACGACAAUUCCCGAUCAUUGGCUCCUACUAUGUUUUAAAUUCUGCUAACUCAACUUCUUUACUGUUCUUGGGUAAUUGGUAAAUCAUCUGUCUAGUUUUAGUCUUAGCUUUGGUCUGUUUUUUUGUUGCAAAAGCUACCCCGGUGUGGGUUCUAGUUGCCGCCUUCAUGUGGGCUCUUGUGUCUGGAGAUUGCUCUUUCAUCCGCCAAUUGAUGUAUCAAACCGUGUUUCCUCUAUGAAAUGAAUUUCACCCGUGAAAAAAAAAAAAGAACAUAUACCCGUUUUAGAGUUUGUAUAUUUUAUUUUAUGAAUAAAUAAUUUACAAUCCCUUCCAUUCA